CAACAUACUGCUCCUAUCGAUGGCAUCUCUUACGUCGAAUCAACUAGAACCGGUUUCCUACAGCUUUUCGACUACAUUCAAGGGAAGAAUGAAUACAAGCAGAAAAUUGAAAUGACUGCUCCAGUUAUCGCUCAAAUCUCCCCAAGCGAUGGGCCAUUUCUGUGCAUCAUCAUUCGUUGUUAGCUUUUAUGUACCUAAAGAGAACCAAGCUAAUGUACCUCCAGCAAAAGGCUUACACGUUCAAAAGUGGAACACGAAAUAUGCAGCAGUAAGGCAAUUUGGUGGGUUCAUAUCUGGUGAUGAUGAACUUGGAGAAGAAGCAGCUGCAUUGCAUGCUAGUCUUGCUGGUUCUAAAUGGUCAUCUGCUGUUGACAAAAGCAGACUAUCUUCAGAAUCUGCUUACACUGUGGCAGGCUAUAACUCUCCGUUUGAAUUUGAGAACAGAGUGAAUGAGAUAUGGAUGAUGUUCGAGAUGGAAGAGUAAGUAAUAGUCAAAUAAAGUUGAUAAUCGAUCCACAUAUCGGAUGCAUAAGAAAAGAAGUUUAAGUCCAUGCAUAGUUACUUUCUCCAUGAAUAAAAAUGCUAAGGUCUGUACUUUGGUUUUUGAUAAUUGAUCCAACUACUUUAUUUAUGAAUUUAUGUAUGUUUUUAUUCUAUCAGAUUCAAAUAAAACCUGAGGAUUUAUA